AUGGAGACCGCGGAGCGCGCGGACAGCGGGGCCGGCGAGUGCGCGCACCGCUGCCGCCUGCAGCCCGCGGCCCCCGACGGCCCCGCGCGGCCCGGGAGCGCGGACUCUGGAUCCGGAGGCUUCUGGAGACCGUGGGUUGACGCACGAGGAAAGCAGGACGAGGAGGACCCGCACCACGCCGAGGAGGUGAUGCCCAGGACGACCGAAGCCUCUGGAAAGCUUUCGCGAUACAGGCACCCAGUCAGACUAUUUUGGCCAAAAUCAAAAUGUUAUGAUUACUUAUAUCAAGAAGCAGAAGCUCUUCUGAAAAAUUUUCCAAUUCAAGCCACAAUUUCAUUUUAUGAAGAUUCUGAUAGUGAAGAUGAAAUUGAGGAACUGAUCUGUGAAAAUUAA